UGUGUAAACGGGAAAUACAAUGUCUCUAGGUUUGGUGCAGCUUUGGCUCAUCUUGAGUCUGUGCAGUUUGAGCUCAGGAUUAAACUGCCGAUGGAUCAGUCUUAAAUUCCAGCAGCACCACGAAACCAGUUUAACACUGCUCAGAGAAAUGGGAGAGGAAAAUAGCGUUAGCUCCAUCCCGGAUAACUGGCAUCACUGGUUCUUGAACCACAGCUAUUCUCAGCCAGAAAAACAGAUCUGGUUCAUAGUUCAGACUCUGGACGAAGUCUCUCGUUUAUUGGAAGAGUCCGAGUCUGUCUCCUGGAACGAGGACAAACUGGACACUUUCUUACAUAUGCUGGAUCUGCAGGCUAACGGACUACGCUCAUGUCUCGAGCACAGGAUGAAAAAGAGCAAAAGAUUGCCCUUAUACUUCAAACGACUACGAGAUCUCAGCAAGAACAACAAGCAGGAGAAGAAUGAGGCCUGGGAGACGAUCAGAAAAGAGCUGCUUCAACUCUUUGGAAUAUUCGACUUUUUCCCCGCUGUCUCUGGGACUCGUGUUGCAAACCACAAGCAGCAAUCAGUUACAGUUGUCCAGUGAUGACCGUAGAGAAAAGCUGCUGGCUGUUUUUGCUUGAAUUGGAUUUUCCUGCACUUGUCGAUCACUUUGGAUCAAAAUGCACUCAAAGGAGUUCAAUUGUUGAAUCAUUUAGUGUUGCUUUUGUUCAAAAUCAUAGUAGUGAAUUAAAUGUGUGUUUUAGAUCACAAUU